AUUGAAAUCAAAAGAGGGCGCUUAUUAUGCUUGCGUUUUUGUUUCAUUAUUAAAUAAUAUGUUAGGCAUAACGUUAUUAGUAAAGUAAACUACCUGAGUGGUGAAACUUUUAUGUGAACUAUAAUCACAGAAAAAAUGAGUGCUGAAGCAUUUGGGAAGAAUGGGCUUUUUUUCGAUGAAUUGAACAAAAUAAGGAUUCUCGAUCCUGCAGUUUCACAGGAGACAAAUGAAUUGAAAGAAGAGUGUAAAGAAUUCGUAGAUAGUAAUGUCAAUGAAAUGUUAUUAAUAUAUUCCAGAUUGAGAAUCCAGUAUGAAUCACUGAAGAAAGAAGAAGCAGAUCAAAAUGAACUGAUUGAACAAUUUCUCUUACAGAAUUAACCAAAUGUUGAUCUUUCAUCAAUUAUGCCACUUUGAUUUAAUAGCACAACCAUUUGAUUUUGCAAGUUUAAACAGUUGUUUUGUAGAUAUAUUUUACGUUAACUGUUAUUAAAAUUUCGUUUAAUUUGUGUUCA